AUGGUGCAGCUGGCGCUGAUCGCGGCGCCCAUCGGCGCGGCCACGGCGGCGGCGGCCGUCGCGAAGGCGAUGCUCGGGGCGAAGGGACCGCCGAGCGAGGUCAGACGAGGGACGGUGGAUGAAAACGAAACCAUGUUCGCGUGCGAACGCGUGUGCGCGAGCGAUCGUCUGAUGAGUAAGCUCGGGGGUUUAGGAAAGAGUGAGAUGCCGCACACGUGCGUGACGGUGUGCGGAAUGAGCGGAACGGACGCGUGCGUGGACGCGUGCGCGCGGGUGGUGUGCACGGCGCAGCACGGGGUGCCGGGGUGGAACGAAAAGUGCUUGAAGCGGUGCGCGACGGAGUGCACGAGAGGACGAGCGGGGACGCCGUGA